UGCACACACGUUUUGAUCCAUCACACAAAGGAAAACGUAAGCAAUUAAGCUUCUCUGCAGUUGCAUCCAAAAUGCCAGGCCUUACCAUCGGAGACACUAUUCCUGACCUCGAAGUUGAAACUACUAAUGGCAGAAUUAAGCUUCACCAGUUCUGUGCUGAUGCCUGGACCAUCCUUUUUUCUCACCCAGGUGAUUUCACCCCAGUUUGUACCACUGAGCUUGGCAAGAUGGCUCAGUAUUCCAAGGAAUUUUAUCAACGAGGAGUGAAGCUAUUGGGAUUAUCCUGUGAUGACCUUCAAUCUCACAAUGAGUGGAUCAAAGACAUUGAAGCCUACACCCCAGGUGCUAAGGUGAACUUUCCAAUAAUUUCUGAUUCCAGCAGAGAAAUCAUCAAGCAACUCAACAUGGUUGACCCUGAUGAGAAAGACUCCACUGGCAACCUACCCUCUAGGGCUCUUCACAUUGUGGGCCCAGAUAAAAAGAUCAUGCUGAGUUUUCUGUAUCCUGCAUGUACUGGGAGGAACAUGGAUGAAGUGCUGAGGGUGAUAGAGUCAUUGCAGAAGGCUUCAAAGUUCAAGGUUGCAACCCCAGCAAACUGGAAGAAAGGGGACCCUGUUGUGAUUUCGCCUGAUGUGACCAAUGAUCAAGCCAAGGAAAUGUUCCCUCAAGGGUUUGACACUGUGGAUCUCCCAUCAAAGAAGGAGUAUUUGCGUUUCACUAAAGUUUGAAUUAAGGAGAAUCUUCUUCAGCUUUGUCAAAUCUCAGUGACAUCGAGUCAUCUUAAGUAAUCAAACAAUGUCUCGUUAAUGUACACUUUUUGUGACAGCUUCUUGUUUUUUUAAUUACAUAUAAAAAUAUUUACUGUUGAAUGUAUCUUCUGUUUACUAUAAAAUUCCAUAUGUAUGUCCACAGUUAUCAUGCUGUUGAAUAUGUAUCUUUUGUUUACAACAAAAAUCCAUGUAUGUCCACAGUUACCAUGCUGUUAAAA